UCAACCAAAUUUGCAAACUCUUCAAUUCUUAACUUAAAUCUGAUUGGUUGCAUCUUCUCUAUGUCACUUGUCCUAUCUAACAGUUUUCACCUCCGAAAUUCAACACCUCAUCAACUGAUGGAGAAAUUACUGACAAACUAUAACAAAGGAGUCCGACCAGUAAAAAACUGGACACAGCCCACAACCAUUUACAUCGACUUCAUCCUUCAUGCUGUACUGGAAGUGGAUGGCCAGAACCAAAAACUGAGGACAAAUAUUUGGUACCAACAGAUAUGGAUGGAUGAGUUCCUCAUAUGGAAUCCUACUAGUUUUGAUGGCAUCAACGAAAUUUCACUGCCUGUUGAAACCAUUUGGACCCCUGACGUACUAAUUCAAGAAUUCAUUGACGUGGGCAGAUCACCUUACAUGCCCUAUGUGUACGUGAAUUCCUCAGGGGCCAUUAAAAACUACAAGCCAAUACAGGUUGUCUCUGCCUGCAGACUGGAGAUAUAUGCCUUCCCAUUUGACAAACAGAACUGCACCUUCACAUUCUGUAGCUGGCUACAUACAGUAAGCGAUAUCAAUCUCAAGCUUUGGAGAAGCUUUGAAGAGGUUGAGAAUAAUACUAGGGCAUUUUUAGGUGACGGUGAAUGGGAACUCCUGUCCGUUCCUUCCAAAUAUGAAACGAUGUACGAUGAAGGGAGGGAAUAUGCCCAAAUUCAGUUUAAUGUUGUGAUAAGGCGAAGGCCUCUGCUUUACGUGGUCCAUCUGCUUCUGCCCAGCAUAUUUCUGAUGCUUGUAGAUGUGACCAGCUACUUUCUGCCCCCGAGCAGCAGUGGGCGAAUAACUUUCAAAUCCAGCAUCCUGCUUGGAUACACGAUGUUUCGGAUGAAUCUAAGUGAUGACAUUCCCACAACUGCGAUGAAAACGCCUCUCAUUGGAGUGUUCUUUGCUGUCUGUAUGGCUCUUCUUGUGAUCAGCUUAGCUGAAUCUAUUCUAAUUGCAAAACUCCUGAGUAUGAAUAAGGAAGCCAAGCCCAAGUCUGUUUUGUCCAAGCGUUCCCUCUCCAAGGUUACAUCUUCAAACUGGAGCACCACAGAUAGUGUCUGCACUUCACUGAGGACCCAAGAAGGAAUCUGUGAUCUCAGGGGUAACAGGUACUUUCUAUCGGGGAUCACCGGAUAG